UAUACAUCAUAACGGACUAAUGAACAUAUACUAGACAACAGAUUUGAUUAAAUGGAAUCCUAUAUAUCAAGGCCACACGCCGCUAUGCAAUUUUUGGAACAGUAUAGCAAGGCUUCGCUUAACAACUUGGCUCAGAAGAGGUGUAUCCCAACCUCUUCAUUCAGUUUGAAUCAAAUAUUAGGCGGAGGAAUAUUCACUCAGGAGGUUACCGAAUUUGUUGGUCUACGGUCUGAAUAUGUUGGAUUUGUUAUGAUAAACACCAUUAUACAUCAUGUGGCUAACAAUCCAACUGAACACGCACUCAUUAUUUCAUACAAUGGAAUACCGAAUAAACGAUUUUUGCGCCAGAAUAUACGCGAGUAUCUAUCAGUUAAUCGCCCUCCAGGCUAUACCAAUCUAAAUGAUUUUACUAAUUUUAUUCUCGAUCGCAUUGAAAUUCAUACCUGCCGUAUCAUAUCGGAUGUAAAAUGGUUAAUUGAAGACCUGUACGCCUAUGUAUACCCUAAAGCUGAAGGCAGUGUGAAUAGCCCUACGCACCAAAGUCCAAGCCCUCCGUCGUUAUCCAAUACUUCAGACGACAACCCUAGGAAGACACCUGCAAUAGUGAUGAUACACACAAUAACUGGCAUUGUGGACGAUACUCAAGGAUGGGACUUGUGGAACCUGUUGCCAGAAAUAUGCACAACUCUAACGGGAAUUUCGCGAAAGUUGAAUGCGGCCGUUAUCAUGUCUAGCAGAUAUGGUGAAGCAUUAAUGAAAAACAUUUGCAUAGAGGCCCCAAAGGAAGAUAAGGAUGUUGCUCAUCGAGAUGUGUUUCUACUGUCCAAUAGGUGGCAUAGCACAGUAGAUAAAAGGAUAUUUAUGCAAAUGUACGCUAUCAACGCAGAUGCCAAAAGUGCAUACGUAGCCGUAGAAGUAAUAAAGGCUAAACAGCGUGGAGAAAAUGACUCCUGCAGUGUACAUCUAACAAUGGGAGGAAUCGACGAAUACACAGAUGUGAAAUAGAGCAUCAAG